UCCCAGCGGUCAGUUUAAUAGUUUAACUAAAGAGUGUGUCAGAUAGCCUAGGCUACUUUAGUUUGGAGAACGUUUGGAUCGGAACUGUCCACAAACGAUGGACUCGCUGUUGUAUUUAGCCGGCUUGGUCGUUCUGUUCCUGCUGUGGAUCAAAGUCAAAGGUCUAGAUUACGUGAUCGUUCACCAGCGGUGGAUCUUUGUGUGUUUGUUUCUGCUGCCGCUCUCCGUUAUAUUUGAUGUGUAUUAUUAUGUGCGGGCAUGGCUCAUUUUCAAGAUGUGCUCUGCGCCCAAACUGCACGACCAGCGCGUGCGGGACAUCCAGCGACAGGUGCGUGAGUGGAGGAAGGACGGCAGUAAGACCUACAUGUGUACGGGUCGGCCCGGCUGGCUCACCGUAUCUCUCAGAGUGGGGAAAUACAAGAAAACCCACAAGAACAUCAUGAUCAACAUGAUGGACAUUCUGGAGGUGGACACAAAGAAGCAGGUGGUGAGAGUAGAACCGCUGGCCAACAUGGGUCAAGUGACCGCUCUCCUCACCUCUAUUGGCUGGACACUGCCUGUGCUGCCCGAGCUCGAUGACCUCACUGUGGGUGGUUUGGUGAUGGGUACAGGCAUUGAGUCAUCCUCUCACAUUCACGGGCUGUUUCAGCACAUCUGUGUCGCAUUUGAACUGGUUCUAGCUGAUGGCAGCUUAGUACGCUGCACUGAGGAGGAGAACCCGGACCUGUUCCACGCCGUCCCGUGGUCCUGUGGAACGCUGGGGUUCCUGGUCGCAGCGGAGAUUAAAAUAAUCCCAGCUAAACCCUGGGUGAAGCUGCGCUAUGAGCCGGUCAGAGGGCUGGAGAACAUCUGUAAACGGUUCACUGAAGCAUCGGAGGACAAGCGGAACUCGUUUGUAGAGGGCCUCCAGUACAGUCGGGACACCGCCGUCAUCAUGACGGGAAUGAUGACUGACCACGCCGAGCCGGAUAAGGUCAACAGAAUCGGCCUGCACUUCAAACCAUGGUUCUUUAAACACGUGGAGGGCUACCUGAAGGGCGACUACGCAGGAGUUGAAUACAUCCCUCUAAGACAGUACUAUCACAGACAUACACGCAGCAUCUUCUGGGAGCUUCAGGAUAUUAUUCCUUUCGGCAACAACCCAAUAUUCCGUUGGCUUUUUGGAUGGAUGGUUCCUCCGAAGAUCUCACUGUUGAAGCUCACCCAGGGAGAGACCAUCAGACGGCUUUAUGAACAGCACCACGUGGUCCAGGACAUGCUGGUACCCAUGAAGAAUCUGCAGGAUGCCAUCACGCGCUUCCACCAGGACAUUGACGUCUAUCCUCUGUGGCUGUGUCCAUUCCUUUUGCCACCAGGCAGAGGGAUGGUCCACCCCAAAGGUCAAGAGGAAGAGUUGUAUGUGGAUAUUGGGGCUUAUGGAGAGCCCAAAGUCAAACACUUUGAAGCUAAAGCAUCAACGCGUCAGCUGGAGAAGUUUGUUAGAGAUGUGCAUGGGUUCCAGAUGCUAUAUGCAGAUGUGUACAUGAACCGAGAGGAGUUUUGGGAGAUGUUUGACGGACAGCUGUAUCACAGACUGAGAGAUGAACUAGGCUGUAAGGAGGCCUUCCCAGAGGUUUACGACAAAAUCUGUAAAUCUGCCCGACACUGAACCCCAUCACUGGUACCUGACCUCGCCCCGAGUCACAGACACACUCAGGCUCUGACUGCAAGUCAUGUUUGCCGGCAGCUUCUGGUUUGGGGAUGUUUCAACAAAAACAAAAAACUGGUGUGGCAACUAAACUGUCUUAAGAGGCCCUUCUAUCAAUGUGAGGCAAGAGCACCAGUGUUGUUAUACUUUUGAGUAUGAUGAAUGUAUUUUAUUUUGCCCUUUUCUGUACACCUACAGCUUGUUUCAACAUGCAUGUUCUGAUUCCAUGUGCUGCUUAACACCCUAUGUGUAACUUGUCCUUGUUGGGUACAUAUUGCACCAAAUAUUUUUCCCUUCUUUUUUUUCUUCUUUUUUUUAAAUGUGUAUGUUCGGCCUUAUCAUGACAGAACCUUUGCAUUUCUCUGUUCUACAUCUUUUAAUAACAGGUCAGCCUUACCUAGUGCCAUAGACUUUGAAAACAUGACUUCCUGAAUAGUGUCAUAUCCAUAUUUUAAAAUAUAUAGGCUACUUUUGUGAUAUGAAGAAAUCAAACAAACUAUAUUGUAAGCUACCUAUUUUGAUAUCAAAAUCCCUUAUCACCAGGACAGUGUGAU